AACAGAAGAAGAAAAAGAAGGAAUCCCACAGAAGAAGAAGAAGAAGAAGAACACCAGUGUUAGUGAUGUGUUUGUAGCAUCCAUCAGAGAGCGUCCUCUGCUGCCUGUGAUGUUAUGGUGAUGUCAUCAUCGGUGAAGCAGCGGUACCGUGACAUCAGUCCUGUGACUCUGCAGGUGGUGGGCGGGGCCAUGAGCUCCAGUCUGUACUGCGGGGAGGUGGAGGGUCUGUCCGGGGGGCUGGUGGAGUCUUUCCUGGUGGAGCUUUAUCGCUGUAAACUCUGUCAGUUCACCUGCAGCCUCAAAGCCACCAUCAGCAGCCACCUGCUGCUCAGGCACCGGCCCCCCACCCUCACAUACCUGGGGGGUGCUGAUGGAGGGGGCGGGGCUGAGGAACGAGAGGAGGCGGGGCUCCAGCGGGGGGUGUCACCCUAUCAGCUGGAUCUGAAUGGAGAAUCGAAGCAGAGUGACGAGGACGAGGAGUUUCUGCUCUACAACAUGCUGGACAACAUGAGCCCGCCCACCUGUGAGAUCAGCAGCGAGGGGGGGCUGCAGGUCGCACACACCUGUGAGGUCAGCACUCUGUUCGAGGAGGAAUCUUCCAUCUUCCCUCUGAAGGGAGGGUCAGGGGAUCUGUCCUGUCCCAUCGCCCCCCCUGCCACCCAGGAGGAGAUGGCGCAGUCAGCUCACCUCAUGACUCUGGGACUGUGUCGCAUAUCAGCUGCCAAAGCUCCUCCUCCUCCUCCUGCCCCUCCCACCUCCUCCCGCCCCAUCCACGCUCCGCUUGAUGACUCUGCCCACCUGUCGCAGCCUAGCAAUGUGAAGCAGAGCGAGACAGACGGCCAACAGACGAAGACUUCCUCCUGUGGCAAACGGAGGCUGUCGUGUCUCCUGUGUCCUCUGACGCUGCCGUCCAGGCGGCUCCUGGACGUUCAUAUCCGGUCUCACCGGAUGGCCAGUGGGUUCAGCUGCAUCCUCUGCAGCUGGACGGUUGACAGCUGGGAGGAGCUGGAGCCUCACUGGAGGAGCCACUGCAGCAGCAGGAGGAGGGAGGAGCAGAGACAGAAGAAGAAGAAGGCGGCGUUGAGGCCGUUCAGUUGUCCCAUCUGUCUGAGGACGUUCAGGAGUGCUGCCUCAGGAAACGCUCACCGACAAACACAUGACGGCUCCAGUCAGCGUCACCAUGGCAACCAUUCAGGUGUGAACACUCAGUACAUUUACUCAGGUGACGUAGGUCAGUCUGAGUUACAGGUCGUCCACACUCAGAUCCAGGUUCUGAACAUCUGGAACCAUCAGUCAGCUGAUCGAUUAAUCUGAACCUGGUUCUGAUCAGUGUCGACCUUGUUUGUCAUUUAUUUCUGCGUUUUACAGUUUGUACCUGAAGGUAACUGACCUCACUGAUCUAAAGUCCAGUUCAGACCAAAGAUUCAUGACGAGAUGAAACAGAGUCAGAACGUCACAGAGAAAAGUAUCAGCAGUGUGAACUGGUCGGUCUGAGCUCGACUCAAGCUGGCUGAUGGUGUCAACUGACACUCAGCUGGUCAAAUGGCCGGCGGCUGGUUUUAACGCACAUCACCUGUUUCAACAGCCAGUCAGCUUGUAGUGAAGUCUGCUGGUCAAGUCAAAAUGACCACAGACGGCGUGUUGGCUUGCUGCAGCAGGUGCUCCGUCCCCACCGAGUCCUCUGUUUCUGUCCUCACAGUGUGCCGGUGUCAGACGGUGGGUCGCUGCUGCUGCUGGCUGUAUGUGCUUAUGCCCCGCCCACACACACAUUCUCAUUGACUGAUGAAUUGGCGCUGGUUAUUUAUGGGCGGCAGUAGCUCAUGGGCGGCAGUAGCUCAGUCCAUAGGGACUUGGGUU